ACGAAAUGAAUAUUCUGGACAAAGUUCACAAAGCACGUGAACUUACAGAACGACAGAUCUACUUCAAAGACCUCGAUGCACAGCGUUAUGGCAAGCGCGCGAAAGCGCCACCGGUUCAUCGCGCACUUCAGCAGCAUCAGACCUCUCCGACAGCGCGAUACUCGGUUCUUGGCAACAUCGGAGGCAGCAGCACGGAGACGUCUUUGCCUCAGUUUGCACCUGCCAAGAUGAUCGAGCAAGGCGUCGAUGAGAUCUUGCAUCUGAAAAUCUCGCAUUCCCUCCUCGACUAUGAGGAGCCAUCAACCAUCGUUCUCGCGACCGGCGAUGCCGCUCUCGCAGAAUAUAGCGACGGUUUCAUGGCGAUGGUCGAGCGUGCUUUGAGGAAGGGUUGGAGCGUCGAGCUCGUGUCUUGGAGCAAGAAUAUCAGCAAGACGUAUUUGAAGAGCGAUUGGGUUAAUGCUUGGGAUGGGAGGUUCAAGAUCAUCUAUUUGGAUGAUUUUGCCGAGGAGUUGCUUUGUGCUUGAGCGAAGCGUUUUAAGAAUGGUUUGAGCGCUCGGCAUAUAUUGCAUCACGUCUGACAGGAGUGAUGCGUCUUUGAUUUGCAGGGCAUACCAAGAUUCUGCCUUCAGCAAUGACUUUCAUGAUGAUGAGGCUUUUUAGCAUGUGCAUGCAUGCAUAGUAGAAACAGUGCACAUACGUACAGUACCACACAUACUCGCAGAGCAGUAAUUCCACUAAUGUGGUGUGCUCUGAACUUGUCAGUACAAAGAAAGCUUCCU